AUGUCGUCCAACAUCACUCUCUACACUUGGCCCACGCCCAACGGCGUCAAGGCGUCCAUCACCCUGGAAGAGCUUGGUCUGCCCUACAAGACGGAAGGAAUUGACAUCACCUCCAACCGUCAAAAGGAAGACUGGUUCUUGAAGAUUAACCCCAAUGGUCGCAUCCCCGCCAUCACAGACGGCUCGCAGCGCGUCUUUGAGAGUGGCUCGAUCAUGCUCUACCUCGCUGACAAAUACGACACCGACCGCAAGAUCAGCUACGCACCCGGGACUCCCGAAUAUAUCGAGCAGGUCUCUUGGUUGAUGUUCCAAAUGGGUGGACUCGGUCCCAUGCAGGGCCAAGCCAACCACUUCCGUCUCUUUGCCGGUGCGCACUCUGACUAUGGUAUCAAGCGCUACAUUGACGAAACCAAGCGUCUAUACUCUGUGCUUGAAUCCCGUCUGAAGGAGAGCCCUUACCUGGCGGGUUCCAAGUACACCAUCGCCGACAUUGCCAACUUCUCCUGGGUGCGCAGCGGCCCUGGUGCCCUUGAGAUUGACCUCUCCGAGUUCCCCGCCUUGAAGAAAUGGGUCGAGACGACAGAUUGA